AUGGAUCUCGCAAGCCUCAUCUCCCAUCCGGGUCCUGAUCCUGCCUUGACUGUCAGGUCUCGACCAUCUAAUAGUCCUCCCGCGAUUUAUGCUGGCGCCUUCUAUCCUACAGCGUCGACGACAUCUUAUUCCCACUUCGCACAUGGCCCUCUGUCACCCCCAGUAGAGGACAGGUCCCCGCGCUGCUCUCUUCCCUCGAUCUCUGCGCUUCUUGACAGCGCAGAUGGUGUUUCCACCCAGGCUGCAAAGCGCCAAAGGUUGAGCUCGCCUACCCAGCGCGAGCUGGAUGCUCGAGCUUCAUUUGACAAGGCUCCUCCCGUCCGCCUGCCACCUACUCCCCCACUCCGUCCGGGCUCUGGCUUCCACAGCACCGCUCACUCGCCGUCCACCUCCGUCUCGACCGGGAGCAGCACAAUCAUCAUCAAGACAGAGUACCCGCAACAGCCCGUUACCCUCCCCAGCCCUACGGAUAGAUCGUCGAUUUCAAGCCAAGGGUCUGUUCAACAUGCAUCAGGCGCUGCCUACGCCUCCCCGGCUCCCAGUGCCUCGUCAUAUUCUUCCCCCAUCGAGCCAUCGACGUCCUCCAACCUCUACUACCAGCACCCAGUGUCCUCCAGCACAUACCAGAGCGCAGCCAGCGUACCUCAACCACCCCCGUCGCACCAGCCUAUGAUUUCCCCGGUGACCCCCGCCUGGCAGCACCACCACUACUUCCCUCCGUCCAGCUCCACUCCAUACCAACAAAACCAUGACCGAUACAUCUGCCGUACUUGCCAUAAGGCCUUCUCCCGGCCGUCCAGCCUGCGCAUUCACUCUCACAGCCACACAGGCGAGAAACCUUUCCGCUGCACACACGCCGGUUGCGGCAAGGCCUUUAGCGUGAGAAGCAACAUGAAGCGCCACGAGCGCGGUUGUCACACUGGCCGACCAGUCGCGGCGGCCAUUGUAUAA